AUGUUUCAUCAAAUCCGGGAUAUUGUGAUAUUCUGCUUGUUCUUUCUGUCUUCUUCACGCGCUGUGUUUGAGAUAACAGACUGCCAUAAAACAGCGAAGAGAGGAGAUGGGCUGGUCUGUUACAAAAUCUUCAAAACGAAGAACAACUUCGAAAGUUCGGUCGGCGUGUGCGACAACAACAACAUGAAGCUGGCGACAGUUGGCAGCGACGAUGAGUAUGCAGCUGUGAUGGAACUUCUUCGAAGCAGCAGAGAUGAUGACGUCUGGAUCGGACUGAAACAGUUUCAAACACCAUGGAAAUGGUCGGAUGGUUCUGAACUGAAAGAACAGGGCUGCUUCUUAAGCGUCUCAACAACUAACCACGACACGAGACUGAUGGCAACAAAAACCGGAGACAACAGCGCUCUUUCAUGUUCAACCAUCUGCUCAAACAACAAAUACAAUUAUACCGGACUAAGAAAUACCGUGGAAUGUUAUUGCGGAGACUCGUUCGGAGUGGAAACACAGAACGGAGCACAGUGUGACAUGCCCUGUCCCGGGUCUUCAACUGAAAACUGCGGAGGGCUGAAUUCGGAGAGGAUAGUCAAUAUGAAUGGUUUGUAUUCAAACUGGCUGAACGGUCAACCAAACAAUGGUUCAUCAGAGAGUCCCGAGAAUCAGGCCUGUGCCACAAUUGUGAAGGACCAGAAUGGAGGGUGGGGCGACGUCAACUGUAUGACCAGUUUGAGGGCUGUUUGUGAAAUCGGACUUUCGAGCAGCUUCCCGACCUGCGACAAUGCAACGCAAGAAGAAGUGCACAAGUUGUCGUACAAGGACGCCAGCAACCAGGACACCACCACCUGCAUCUACAUCAGCAGCCGCUAUGAAAAUUAUCUGAACGCCAUACAGACGUGCAACAAUGUGAAUGGGAAUUUAAUAAAAAUUACAUCCCAAUCCCACAACGAUGCCCUCUUCAACGUCCUUAAUAAUUUCGUCAAAGAUGGCAGCACUGAGUUCUGGAUCGGUCUUUCCAGGAUCAAUUUUCGUUGGACAACUGGCGAUAUUCUCUCCUACACCAAAUUCACUUCGCUGAGUUACAACAAGAAGGAAUUGUGUGCGAUUGUAAGAACCAACCCACUUAACGACAACAAUGAACCCUACAUCUGGUCUCUGGACGAUUGUGCUUCUUCAAAAGUCUCCUUGUGUCAAUCUACAAAUGCAACCUACAUUUUCAAACCAACUUACUUCAUGCCGACGACAACUACAACAACUCUAUUACCGACGAAAUCGAUCGUCCCUGGACAAUCGACGACGCUGCCUCAAGUCAACAUCACCGUUCCAGAUGCAAGCUUCGUUGCCAUCAACAAUAACAAAGUGAUGUACGCGGCCAUCGGCGGUAGCAUUGGAGGAGUUGUGUUGGUGGUCAUCGUCACCAUCGUCAUUGUCGUCGUCAUAUGCAAAAAGAAGCACAAGAUGCCAGCAAUGAAAGCAGACGUGGAAAGGACAAAAUCAGUUUUCGUAGAGCCAACUUAUUUCUUCGGAGCAAGCAUUGAAAAUGAAACAACUCUGCCAUCUUCAGAGACAAAAAUUGAAGACACAUCAGCCACUGAUCCUAACAACCAACCCGAUCUUGUUAUUUCAUCCUCACCUCCGCCUUAUUAGAAAUAAUUUCUCGAUUAACCACUUAAUUAAUUAAUUUAUUGAUUAAUUAGAAAGAAAGUUUUCUAAUUUGUUUUUGAAAAGUUCUUUAUUUUAAUUCUGACAAUUUCAUAUUAUAUUUUGCGUAAAUUUUGAUAUAUUUCCAGUAUUUUUUAUAUACAAUGUUUUAUCAACGUAAUUUUUUUCAUCUUUAAGUGUAAAUAACUUUUUCAACUUUCAUUAACUCCAUUGUCUUAUUUCUACUUAUUUUUCCUAUUUUUAACACUUUAUUUCCGUAGCAUGUUUCGUACAAUUGAUUGCAGGACAAUCAUUUUUAUUUAUUUAUUUCAAGGUUUAUAUUUGUUGUGCAAUUGAAGUCAGGCAAUGAUGAGGAAGUUAUUAAAAUAUUUUCACUGGUUGAA